ACACACAGCACUUAUGGGAUCAAAACCUCCAUUCUCAUUUCUAAGUGGGAAUAACAUAAAGGCAAAAAGCAUCAUCAUCAUCAUCCGCAUCAUCAUCAAUCAAUCAAUCAGUCAGUCAACGAAUUAGUCCUCGGUUUCUUGUCCAGUGUUCUUUUUUUUUUACCUCCCAAUUCCCACAAGCUAUGCAUGCAGGGCUUGUUUGUUUUGGGGGUGAUAGAUACAUAAAUGUGGUUUUAUGAGGCUCAGGAUAUGUACAAAUAAAAGAGCAGGAAGUGUGUCAUAUCUGAUUCAUACCGUGAAAGAUCCUGGAAAGACGAGUCUUUUUUUAAAGGAAAGUCAGUAAAAACGCCAAAACAAAUCUUAUUAUACUUCCAUUUUGCAAUUUUCGCCGUUAAAAAGUCAGGCUUUCAGAAACUGGUAGGGCUUCUAAAGACAAAAACAAGGUUUGUCAUAUUCUUGUGGCUUUCUCAAACCCCCUCUCUCUUCUUUAUGUGGAUAUUUGAGCUCUUUAAAUAGCCAUCCAUCCCUGCAAUUCUCUCAAGCUUUUCCAGGUAUCCACAAAGAAUCUAAGGAGAGUUGUAAAUUUAGGAGGUUCUCAAUCCAAGAAAAAGCAAUCAUCAAAUGGAUAAUAGGUAUAAUUUAAUAAGGCAGGGCAGCGGUUUGUGGAGAUCCCUAAGAGAUGGAGACUUCGAAGAAGAGGAGGUUUGGGAUGUUCUAAGAGAAAGAAAAGAUUCAGGUUCCAAGUAUGGCAAAUCAAUAGAAUCCUCAUUUUCUGUUCCAAGAAACCUCCCUUCUGCUGGGAGAAUGAUCCCAAGAGCUACAAGAAGUGGCAGCAGCAGCAACAAUUCCUCUCAUGGAACCAAAGUAGUGCAGCAAUCAGCACCUGUCAACAUUCCUGGCUGGUCAAAAUUUUACAAAAAGAAGUCAAAGAAAGCUUCCAAGAAUCCUAGUUCAUUGGAUGAUGAUGAUGAUGAUCAAGAAUCAGAUGGUGAUGAUUGUCAUGGGGUUAUGAAUGAAGAUAAUGAUGAUGAAUUUGAAGAAGAUAGUGAUUACCAUUAUAAAUUGCCCCCACAUGAGCUCAUUGCCACAAGGCUAGCAAGGAGCCAGAUUUCCUCAUUUUCUGUUUUUGAAGGAGUUGGCAGGACCCUCAAAGGUAGGGAUCUUAGUAAAGUUAGAAAUGCUGUGUUGACCAAAACUGGGUUUCUUGAAUCACCAUGACCAUAAUUUAAUUCUAAUGCCACAACGAAGCAGGUUGCCAUUUAGUCAUGGUGAUCUCUACUCGUGUGGUUAGUGGUUAUGUAUAGGGGUUUGUGUCGGUUCCUUUGGUGAUUGUAUUGGUUUCUGUCUAGGAUGUUCAUGGGCAUUGGUGAAUGGCGAUCCAUUUUAUGUGUAAAGCACGCUUCAAUGCAUAUUAAUGUCUAUUUAGAUAUGGGAUUUGAUUGCU